GUCAUUAUCAUUCUGUUCUGUUUCCCAAACCAAUGGAGUUUUCGGCUCUCAAUGCCAAGUCUUGAAAUUUAAUCUAAAUCAAUUAAAAUCACUCAAUAAAAAGAGCAUCAGUCAAAAUUUAAUAAGUUAUUUCAAUCUAAACAUACCAAAGUAUUGGCCUUUGAAAUUUAAUAACAUAAAGAAAAGAAAUUUGGACAAGAUCGCGACGUCUGAAAAUUCGGCUCCGAAUGUCCGCAAUGAUGGAAUUCACCUUGUAGUUCUGGAAGGUUCAUCGCUGUUGUGCAUUUUACUAGAUAUUGCAAUUCAAAAUGAGGCGAAUUUUGACUAAUCUAGCCGAUUGCCCCGAGCCAUGCCCAGCAACCGAGAUGAAAACAAAAAUGGUAAAAUAAUAAGCAUCAGGAACGAUUCCAGUCCUCGCAGAAAGCACCCAAAGAAGAGGAGAAAGGGCCGCAGGAAAAGGGGCGGCAAGGGCGGAGAAGUCGAUGUUGCUAGAGGGCCGCUUGUCGAGUACUCCGACGUCAGUUCGCAAGACCUUUCAGGUCCUGAGGCUGGCGAAAUUCAGAGUGACGAUUCAAUCAGUCUGAGCGACGGCGAAGUCAAUUCGCCCCCGCCUGUGCCCUUCACGAAAAAACACGUCGAUCCUGCUGAACCGCCGCCGCCUAGACACAGGUCGCCCCCAGACAUGCCCAGGCACAGGUCGCCGGUCGAACCUGCGCGGCACAGGUCACCAGUUGAACCUGCACGGCACAGGUCGCCAGUUGAGCCUCCAAGACACAGAUCCCCAGUGGAAGCGCCGAGACAUAGGUCCCCAGUCGAAGUGCCUAGACACAGGUCACCAGUAGAGGCACCUCCUCGCCAUCGGUCCCCUGUGGAUUCCCAUUCAAGAAGCUCCAGGUCUUCACCGUCAAGGUCAAGACACAGGGAAAGGUCUCCGCCACACAAACGACCACCAUCACCAGGAAAGUACAGCAAGCACAGUAGUCCGAGCAGAAGAGCAACUCCUCCACUGAAGCCCUCCUCACCCCCUCCGUCCCCCAUGCAGCUGCUGAGGAAUGCGAUUCGCAGUCAACAGCGAAGUUCGUCUUCAGAGUAUCGCAGGCCCAGAGACGAAAGGAGGCGAGACAAGAAAAGGCAUAAGAAAGAGAGGAAAAGGACUCAUUCCCGAAGCCCUAGUAGACGGAAAAAGAAGAGGAGGAGGUACAGCCGGAGUCCUGGAUCACCAGACAGUCCUCCUCGACACAAGGCUGGCGGAAGUCAGUGGCCAGAAGGGCCGAUGUCCCCGCCUGAUGAUGCACCUCGAAGUCCUUUAGAUAGGCAACCCAAAUCAACAGAGGUUGCCUCUAGUCAAUCUGCAUGUCCCCCUCGUCCUGCUUCUAAUUCCCAAAAAGCUCGAAAAUACACAAAUGGUAGGCGGAAAACUCGCUCCAGGUCUCCUAGACCUCGCAGAAUCAGGAGUCGAUCGCGCAGUCCUCCCCGGAGGAGGUCUCGGUCACCUCCUCUAAGAGGUCACAGAACGCCUCCUGUUGGGCCAAGGUCUCCUCCACCGCGCAAAACUCCACCCAGAGGCUAUUCUCCCAGACGGUCGCCAUCUCGAAGAGGGACGCCUCAGGCGCGGACACCUCCACGUUCGCCACGGAGGUCACCUCGAAGAAACAGUAUUUCUCCUGGACGAGGGCCAGUUUCACCUAACGGGAGACGGAGCAGGUAUUCAAGAUCACCCAGCUAUGGCAGAUCAAGUAAUCGGAGAGCAUCACCACGUCAGAGGAAAAGGUCCAAGUCACCAGGAGCAAAAGUACUUAGUGAGCAAGUCAACGUAAGCAGCACCAGCCUCUUUGCCGAAUUGCUGAAGGAUAGGAAGAACCGUGAAAAGGCAAUGAAGUUGGCUGUGCUGAAGGAUAUCAAGGAGGAAGGCGAGAAGCCUGCAGGCGAAAAGUCGAGCGUCAGUGAGGACAUCAAUUGCAUUCCUGUACCAUCUGACAAUGGGCCGAACACUGCACCACCAGUACCGGCACCUCCUCCAGACCAGGUUGAUGCAACUGCCCCUACAACCCUUCCAACCCGUCGACCAGUUUCAAUCAAACUGCACACUCCAAGAAACUUAAGCCUCACAAAGCUUCCAAUGCCCCCUGGCAUGAACCAGAAUGACUUCCUGAACAGCACUUCUCCUGCAAGUGGAGGCGAUUCCCCCUCUCCCGAACCUAGCAUGUCGACGAAGAAGCUUGGUCAGGUGCGGAGGAGCAUAAAAGACCUGCCGAUGCCUCCUGGAGAGGGUGAUGAUGAUGACGCAUCUUCGCCUGCAAGAUUGGCUCUCAGAGCAAAGCUCAAGCUCAAGCGCCCAAAGAUCAUUGGCAGAAAUAUGGAUGACUUAGGACCAAUGGCGCCAGGUGGCAAAGACUGGGGAGAGAGAUGUGUGGACGUAUUUGAGGUUAUCGACCAGAUUGGCGAGGGCACAUACGGCCAAGUGUAUAAAGCAAAGGAUAACAUUUCUGGUGACAUGGUUGCAUUGAAGAAAGUUAGGUUAGAAAACGAAAAAGAAGGCUUCCCAAUUACGGCAGUUAGAGAAAUUAAAAUCUUGAGGCAACUCAACCAUCCAAACAUUGUGAAUUUGCGGGAAAUCGUGACUGAUAAACAAGAUGCAUUAGAUUUCAAAAAGGACAAAGGUUCUUUUUAUCUUGUGUUCGAGUACAUGGACCAUGACCUGAUGGGUUUGCUGGAGUCGGGCAUGGUUGACUUCAACGAAAUUCUCAAUGCCAGCAUAAUGAAGCAGUUGCUGGAUGGGCUCAAUUACUGCCAUGGCAAAAAUUUCCUCCACAGAGACAUUAAGUGCAGCAACAUUUUAAUGAACAAUAAGGGCCAAGUGAAAUUGGCUGACUUUGGUUUAGCCCGACUGUACAAUGCAGAGGACAGUCAGCGGCCCUACACAAACAAAGUGAUAACCCUGUGGUAUCGUCCUCCGGAGCUCUUGCUUGGGGAGGAGAGGUACGGGCCAGCCAUCGACGUGUGGAGUUGCGGAUGCAUUUUAGGAGAGCUUUUUUCUAAGAAACCACUAUUCCAGGCCAACACUGAAAUCAUGCAGCUUGAAACCAUAUCUAGGCUGUGUGGUACCCCAAUGCCUGCAGUGUGGCCCUCAAUAACUAGACUGCCCCAAUUCAACACAUUCAAGCCUAAAAAAAUAUACCGCCGUCGGCUCAGAGAAGAGUUCAUGUUCAUGCCAGCAGGUGCUCUUGAGCUGCUUGACAGUAUGCUGUGUCUUGACCCAAACAAACGAAUCACUGCAGAGAAUGCCCUCAAAUGCAGUUGGUUAGUGAAGUACGAUCAGCAGCAGAUGAGAUUACCCCCUCCCCAAUUGCCUACCUGGCAAGACUGUCACGAGUUGUGGAGCAAGAAACGACGGCGGCAGUUGCGUGAACAGGAGUCGCUGGCCCACCUUCCUCCUGGCAAACCGAGAGACAAGCAAAAUGACGAUCCUUCCGGAGGCUCAUCAAAAGCAUUGAAGAAAGAAGCGGGAUUUGCCUUGGGUGGUGGAUCACAGCCAACGUCUGGGUCGAACUCGCCCAUCAGUAGGGACACCAUAAAAAAACUGGUGCUCGUCGCUCAGAAUCUGGCUUCCGGUAAACCAGUCACAAUGAGACAGCUGCUCAGUUUGAACAUAGAAGACAUUGAUCAGAAUUGCAAGCAGUUUUUGGACUCGAUGCACAGAGAAAUCCUUGCCGCUGUCAGUUCUUAUAACCAACAUGUAGAGAAUGACUUCCCUAUUUUCAACGAUCCUAAAAGAGAAAUGAAAACUGAGACAUUCAACGCACACGCUGCCUACUCUGGAGAUAACGCCUCGGCAACCUUCACAGCCCAGACGUUUUCUCAUUCUGUCCUGGCCACUGAAGGGGUCAAGAGUACCCUGCACGAGCUGCUGCGGCGCCACAUGCUGCCUACAGCUGGCAUCUUCCCUCCUGCCGAACUCUCGAACAGUGCUGUGAAAAACGAAUCUCCAAGUCCGAUGGGCGGCACCUCCCGACCCUUCCAAAGAGGAGGCAACCAGGUCCCUGUUGGACUACCAGCGCACUUCCCGUCUUAUCCACCAACUGCGGGCACUUCUUGGCACACUUCAGCCAGGUGAAUCAAAUGAAAUUUUUGUUGAAAUCUAAUUUAUUUUGCAUUCUUGUAAUUUCACGUAUUUCCAAUCUUGAGGACAAGUUCUAAAUUUUAUAUUGAAAGUGCCUGAAACCAACUGCAUUUUUUGUGAAUUGUGCCCGUAUCCUAUGUUCAGCCCCAAACAUGCCACUUUGUUGCAGUGCUUUUAUCUCUUAUGACAUGAGUUUACUUCAAAAGGAGCAUGUCAAUCUUUUUUUGUGGAAAUUGAUGU